ACAUCCUUUCAGUCCCCCAUAUAAAGACAAGUAUGUUAACAGAGGUUGAGUUCCAGUCAUCAUCGUAGUCUAUCACAUAGAGACAAGCAGAAAUGGUGCAGCUCUUCGAUUUCACCGCUUUCUUCUCCGCCAUUUUGCUCUUUGUUGUCCAGUCAGGUGAAGGUGUGGACAUUAUCAAUGGCAAAGAAGUGGUGCCCCACUCCAUGCCUUACUUGGCUCUGCUUAAGGACAAAGGAACCUGUGGUGGAAUACUGAUUGACCCCAAGUGGGUCCUGACAGCUGCUCACUGCCAAGAGUGUGUGGAGUCGCUUGACAAACCAGUGAAGCGAACAAACACGGUGGACUAUUUCAACUUGAAAACUGCAGCCAAAGAACCUGAAGAUGGCACCAAGUGUACAGUGGCUGGAUGGGGUGAAACAAAGCCUAAUCUUAAAAAAAUGUCUGAGGUCUUGAUGGCAGUCAAUGUGACUGUGAUCAACAGGAUGAAAUGUAACUCUCCUUCCUAUUAUGACUUUAACCCCAUCAUUAACAAGGACAUGAUUUGUGCUGGUUCAAAUGGCAAAGACAAGGCUGAUAGCUGUAGGGGAGAUUCAGGAGGUCCACUGUUGUGUGACGGACAGCUUGUAGGAGUAACUUCUUUCGGACGUAACUGUGGCAUUAUUAAGAAGCCAGGAGUUUACACUUUCCUCUCUGCGAAAUACAUCUUCUGGAUCAAAAAAACAAUGAAAAAGUCUGACUAAUCUACUAUUGUGGAAUCAUUUGUCUCUCCAACAUAUAACCUUUUGGAGUCAGUAUAUCAAUGACUCCAACUUUUCCUGUAAUACAACACAUUUGUUGUGUUUUCUCAAUCCUGACUGUUUGAAAUAAAUUGAAUGAAUUGCAAAAA